UAACAAAUCAUUUAUUAAAUUUCAGAUAUAUGCAAGCAUGGAUUCAAGUUUUAUUUCAAAUGAAAAUGUAAUUGAGCAUGUAAAGGGUCAUGGUCUUGAUGCCACAACAAAAUACAUGAUAGAAAGAUACCCAUCAAAACUUUCAAAUAUCACAUACAAAGCUUUGCUAAGUCACAUCACCCGUAUUUAUCAGAAGUACCAGCAUUUAAAUAAAAGCAAAACUCGAGUGAAAGGCAAACAACAUUUUGACAGUUUUAUGAAAGAUACUUUUAUAUUUCCAAGUUCUAAAGAAAGUACACCUUGUAAAACCAAUGCCAAUGAUAAAUGUUUAACAUCUGCCACCCCAUUUCAACCAAAUGAUAAUCCUGUCUUACAAGCAACUGUAUAUAAGGAAGUUGCCGAAAAAUUAGCAAAUGAAUUGUGUGAUACAAAAUAUGAAAUGGUUACUAUGGAAGAGGAGUUAGAGGUGUUAACUGAAGAAAAAGACACUUUGAAUGAAAGUUUAGAUGCUAAUUUAGAUUUGUUAAAUAAAAGUCAAAAAGCUUUAAAACGAACCGCCAAUAGGGAGGCCUAUUGGCGUGAUAAGGUACAAAAGGUGCAACAAAAUUUAACAGCUGAAAAUGUCAUUCAUGAUUUAAGGUUACAAAUUCUUGAACUUAAAGAAACUUUGUGUGUAAAAAAUGAAGAAAUAAAAAAUCUUAAACACAUUAUUGAUGAACUUAAUAUUGAAAACCUUGAUCUGAAAAAGAUUGAGAACAUGGACCUCUUUGAUGUUGACUCAAAUUCUUAUAUCUCAGAAUUACAUGCGUGUGUUUAUACUUUGUUAGAUAACCAUGUCUCAUGUGAACAUGUUAGUAAUGUUAUUGAAAGUGUUCUAAAACUUUGUAAAAAGAAAGCAAAUAAGUUACCCUGUGCUAGCACAAUAAAUAAUUGGUCAAUUGAAAGAUCCUUAAUUGCCAGGCGACAUAUAUCUGAAUGUUCUGAAAAUAAGAACACAACUCUUCAUACUGAUGAAGCCUCAAAGUAUGGGUCAAAGUGGGGCGCCUUUGGCACAAGGGAUGCAGAGGGUAACUACUUACUUUUAGGUCUAAGAGAUAUGGCUACUAAGUCAUCAAGUGAUACACUUGAAACUUUUAAAGAUAUAUUGUAUGAUAUUGAUUUAGCCGGUAAUUGUGACACAGAUACUGCAAAAAAAAUUCUUGUUAAUAUUAAAAACACCAUGAGUGAUAGAGCUUCCACAGAAACAAAAUUUAAUGACAUGUUGAAAGAAUAUAGAGAUACAAUUUUACCAGAAGUGAUUGAAAACUUUAAUUUAAUGAAUGAGGAAUCAAAACAAGCAAUUUCAAGUAUGAAUAAUUUUUUCUGUGGUCUCCACACACUUGUGCAUAUGGCAGAUGCGUCUCAGAAAUCUUUAUUUGAAAUAGAAAAGGCCCAUUUUGAUGGCAACAUUCCUAUUGACAAUCCAUCUUUUGCAAAGUCAGGUCAGUCUGGGACGGUUCGUCUUAUUCAUACAGCCUGUAAAGCUUUCGCAAGGAGAGGGGACCAAAAAAGUGGCUGCCAUCAGGGUUUUAAAACAUACAUAGCUGACUUUUUAAAGCAAAACAAUAUAUUGGGUUUGCCUUUGCAGCCUUUACGCGGCAAUAGGUUCAACAUUUUGUUUUCCAAUGCUGGGCAUGUUUAUUUUCUUAAAGAUAAAAUGACUGAAUAUCUUGAUAAAAUAUCCUCCAUGAAUGGUCUUUUGCAAAGUGUCCUUAAAGAUUUAAAAACUCCCUUCUUUUUAGCAGGCUGUAAAGCUUUAGGACUUAUUUCAAAAAUUAUAACAACACCAUUAUGGAAAGUGAUAGAAAGCAAAAAUGUUUCAAUUUCAAUGAUGAGUGAAAAGUAUUUAGCUCUUUUAACAUUCUUGAAUGAUGUAGUAAAAAAUCUUGAGGAAUUUAUAAAAGGUGAAUUAGUUUUAUAUGAUGACAUUCCAAUCAAAAAGGAUAUAGUUUACACGCAUCUUGUACAGCCUUCUGAAUAUGAUGGAAACGUCAUUCUUAUUCUAAGUGUCAUAAUACCCGCACUUUCAAAAUUAAUUCAAAGGCAAUAUGGUGACCAUCUCCCCGGUGGAAAAUAUGAAAUAAUAAAUCCAGAUAUAACAGCUAGCGUAGAUAAACAUAAUAAGUUUCCUGAACGUGUUUUUUCAUAUGUAGAUCAUAUACUUACUGCUAAGCCAAAUAUUAAAACCCUGGCUCUUGAGUCACAAAUUACAUUUUCAUUAAAUAAGACUAGUGAGUGGCUGUCAGGUCAGGAGAACAUGAAUGAAAUAAUAAAAGAAAGUAGGAGUGGUGUGAAAGCUGAAAGAGUGCGGUUUAAACAAAGAGAGCAAACAAUAUUAGCAAAGAGAGUAGAAAAACAGGAAGAAGAUUUUAGAAAGAAAGUAGAGCAAGAGAGGCGGCGAAUAGAAAAACUUGAAAGGGAGACUGCAGAUAUGCUUUUUUAUGGUUUGUGGCAAAAUGUAGCGCAGAUGGAAAGUGAGUUAGAAAAAAUUGAAUCAAAAAAAGAAAAAGAAGAGGCAUUGAAAGUUCAACUUAGAUUUAGGAAAAAUGUUUUUAAUCAAAAGAGUGAAACUCCAAAUGUAUACACAUUUAGUAAACAGGUUGAUGGAAAGCGUGUCCCACUAAGUGUAGAUGAACUUAAAGAUAAAGUUGCCUCACUUAUUGAAAAUGCUUAUCAAGUUCCUCCACCUGAACAACCCCAUAUGCUAGUUGGCAAAUAUAUAGAACAUAAGUGGAUUGAAAAUGAUGCCCCAAAGUGGUACAAUGGCAGAGUUAUUUCACAGGUAAAGUUUAACUGCUAUCUGCCUGUUCAAUGUUUGGAUAUAUAUGAUAAUUUGAUAGAUUAUUUAAAACUUGUGUUCCUGGGUUCCCAGCAUGGUUUAAUGUUGUGUAUGAAGAUGAUGAUGCUGUUUACACAUCAAAGUUGGGGGAGGAAUAUAGAGCUGGAGAUGUGA